UGUCCACUACUGAUGACGUGUUUGUACGCAUCCAAGUACAUGUGCAUGAAUCGGGCGAUGAUAAGACGUGCAUGUAAAGUGUUUUUUCCUGUACUGGAGACUCGACGUUGUCAUCAGCUGUCAUCUAUUCGGUGUCUUCUCCCUUGUGGAGGUGGUAGCCCUAAGCUAGCAAUAGGCAGGAGUCUUGUCCGAUUUAAUACAACACUGUUGACGCCAAUGCCAGGCCAGGAGCAGCCCUCGCUCGAGCAAGGGCUCUACAGGGCUCCUUCUGCGGUCCGGGGUAUGACCUGUCUUGACCGUGAAGCCUUUGCCCAAACAAUUAUUGUUCCGGCCAUUAGAAUACCAAAGGCAGUCCUCAACAAAGUAGUGAAAUCUCUUAAAAAGGUGUCAUUGCAGAGGCCGGGUUUGAAACGGGUCAUUGAUGAGGAUGGUAACGAGGACAGCGAGCAUAAACUGCUCCUGCUAGACCCAACAAGGAUCACCUCAUCUGAUGCAUUCAGUGAAGAGGAGGCGGGGGCACUGAGGGCAUUUGAAGUAGCUCAAGAAGUUUGCCAACAUGAAUUGAAGCUAACCUACGACAAUCUUAAAACCGAGGAGAUACUGCGUGCAGUGCUGCCAGAGGGCCUGGAUGUUGCCAGCGGUUUUAGCCGCGUCGGACACAUAGCACAUCUGAACCUCCGAGAUCAUCAGCUGCCACACCAGAAUCUAAUAGGUCAAGUCAUCAUGGACAAGAACCCAGGCAUUACCUGUGUGGUGAACAAGACAAACACCAUUGACUCCACCUAUCGUAACUUUCAAAUGGAUGUGCUGGCCGGGGAAAAAAACAUGGUGGCCAAGGUGCGCGAGAACGGAGUGUCAUACGAGUUUGACUUCUCCCAAGUGUACUGGAACCCACGGUUGAGUACGGAACACGAGCGAGUGGUGUCCAUGCUCAAGCGUGGUGACCUGGUGAUGGACGUCUUUGCAGGUGUGGGACCCUUUGCUGUGCCGGCAGCCCGCCGCGGCUGCACGGUCCUGGCCAAUGACCUCAACCCAGAGUCUCACCGCUGGCUCAAGCACAACUGCCAGCUCAACAAGGUCAGCUCGAAGGUCACGACCUUCAACCUGGACGGAAGGGAGUUUAUCCGUGGGCCGGUCAGAGAGCGAUUGCCUGGUUUGUUGGCCAGCGAUGCGAGGGUCCACUUUGUGAUGAACUUGCCUGCCCUUGCCCUUGAUUUUCUGGAUGCCUUUAAAGGUCUGUUAGCUCCAGAGUCUGACCAAGAGACUUCUGGAAAGUCCAGUCUCCCAAUGGUGCACUGCUAUGGGUUUUCCAAGGAGGAAGACCCCAAGAAGGAUGUGGUGGCCAGGGCUUCAGCCAACUUGGGUUUUGAGCUAGAGGGAUGCUGCUCUGUGCACCUGGUCAGAAACGUGGCCCCUAACAAGGAAAUGAUGUGCGUGUCAUUCACACUGCCACACCAGGUGCUCUACAGCACACACACAGACGAACCAGCUGCUAAGAGACAGAAAUGUGAAGAGCAACUAGACUGAAACAUGCACGCUUACUUGUACAUUGGUACUUGUACAUGCACACAUGAUCCUGUACAUUUUCUUUUAUAAUAAAAUUUUACAUUACUAUUCUCUACUCUGUGCUGCA